AGGUCCAAGCCGAGGCAGGAUCGUAUAGGGACGCAGCCUCGGCUCCUUUCUCAACCAUGAACCGGGAAGACCCUUUUUAUCCCUCUCAGGUGUUUAAAGAGUCCUGCUCUUACCAGAGAUCCCCGGGUGAUGACUACAACCCGCCGCCCUGCCUCUACAUGAGCAGGCAGGUGCACUCCGUCUACACGCCGCCGUCUCUGGGCACCCUGGAGCAGGCCAUCCUUCCCGACAUCUCUCCGGCCGUUUUUACCAUGCCCGGUAUGCGGGAGGAUCCGGGCGGGCCACCGCUCCACCACCCGCAGGGGCUCCAGCAGCAGCAGCAGCAGCAGCCUGCGCUCCAGCCUCCAGGUUAUAUGGAAGCAGGAGAGCAGAACAGAUAUCACCUCCCUUUUCCCUGGAUGAAGACAACCAAAUCCCACUCCCAUACCUGGAAGGGCCAGUGGACAGGGUCCUACGUGAUGACCGAGGCAGAGGAGAACAAGCGCACGCGCACCGCGUACACGCGCGCCCAGCUGCUGGAGCUGGAGAAGGAGUUCCUCUUCAACCGCUACAUCUCCAGGCCCCGGCGCGUGGAGCUGGCCCUUACCCUCAGUCUCACCGAGCGCCACAUUAAGAUCUGGUUCCAGAACCGGCGCAUGAAAUGGAAGAAAGAGGAGGACCGGAGGAGGGCCAGGGGGUCCGAACCAGACCAGGACUCCUCCAUCACCUCUGGGGAUCAGGGGGAGACAGCGGGGGGAGGGGUGUCCUCCACAAACGGACCUCACACUAACACACCUCCUGUUUCCCCUCUGCGCGGCCACACGCUCCCCGCGACAGGAUCCAGAGAACCAGCAUAGGCCAGCCUGUAAUUGUACUAUAUAAGAAAACAUAUUUUUUUAUAUUGAGAAGAUUUGACUCACUUGUUCUGCAGCAAUUUAAGAGAUUCAUGAAAACUCUCAC